AUGACUGAUAUCUUACCUUCGUCACCUGCUGCUUCCGUCGUCAAUGCACCCAGAAGAUAUCGUUUCGCAACUGAGGUUGUAACUGUCGAUAAUUCAGAUGACCCACAUAACGCCGCUUCUGUACCCAUCUAUCAAACAGCUACAUUCAAGCAAAAAGGAGCUACUGCAUCUGGUGAAUACGAUUACUCUCGUAGUGGCAAUCCCACUCGCACACAUGUUGAAAAUCAUUUGGCUAAAAUCAUGGGAGCUGAGAGGGCAUUGGUUGUUACAAGUGGUAUGGGUGCAUUGGAUGUAAUUACUCGCCUCGUUCGAUCUGGAGAGGAGAUUAUCGCUGGUGAUGAUCUCUAUGGUGGCACCAACCGUCUCUUGAGUUUCUUGGCCAAAUCUCAAAACGUAAAGACACAUCACAUUGACACAACAAAAUCAGAUUCCAUCUUGCCCUACUUGUCUGACAAAACCCGCUUGGUUUUAUUGGAAUCGCCUACCAACCCAUUGAUCAAAAUCACAGACAUUCCUACCAUCUCCAAGUACGUGCAUGAACGCUGUCCCAAUGCUUUGGUGGUGGUAGACAACACCAUGAUGUCGCCUUACCUGCAACGACCUCUUGAAUUGGGUGCAGACAUCUCUUACCAUUCGGGCACCAAGUAUUUGUCGGGUCAUCAUGAUUUGAUGGCAGGUGUCAUUGGUGCCAAAUCAGCUUCUGUGGGCGAUGAAUUGUACUAUGUCAUCAAUGCUACCGGUUGUGGUCUCAGUCCCUUUGAUUCAUGGCUCUUGUUGCGAGGUGUCAAGACAUUGGCUGUGCGUAUGGACAAGCAGCAAGCCAGCUGUAUUCGCAUUGCUGAUUAUUUGGAGGCACAAGGAUUCAAGGUACAUUUCCCUGGACUCUUAUCUCACCCUCAGUAUGAACUACACAAAUCCAUGUCGUCUGGUCCUGGUGCAGUGCUUAGUUUUGAAACAGGAGAUACCGGUAUCUCUGAGAGAAUUGUAGAAGGAACCAAGUUGUGGAGUAUCAGUGUUUCAUUUGGUUGCGUCAACUCGUUGAUCAGUAUGCCUUGUAGAAUGUCUCACGCUUCUAUUCCAGCGCAUAUUCGUGCUGAAAGAUCGCUUCCAGAGGAUUUGAUUCGUCUGUGUGUGGGUAUUGAGGAUGUGGAGGAUCUUUUAGAGGAUUUGGAGCAAGCUUUGACUAUUGCUGGUGCCUUGCCAACUCCCUCCAAGUAG